AUGGGUCUUCCCAUUCACGACGAAGCCGCAGCCAGCCAAGCGCAAGAUACGCCCUCAUCUACUCCCGCCUCUGCUCUUCCGCCAGCCGCCCUCGAUCUAGCCGCAAAGCUCUUCGACCUCGCCCGCACCGGCGAGACCUCCGAACUACGCUCCUACGUUGUUGCAGGCAUCCCGAAGAACCUCACCAACCAUGCUGGCGACACUCUCAUAAUGCUAUCUGCAUACCAUGGGCAAGCGUCCACCGUGUCGAUGCUCCUCGAGCUGGGUGCAGACCCGAAUGUGCUGAAUGAAAGAGGCCAGUCCCCGAUCGCGGGGGCUGUAUUCAAGGGAUGGGAUGAGGUGGUAAAGGUUCUGUUUGAGGGUGGUGCCGACAUUACUCUCGGGACCCCAAACGCUGUGGAUUGCGCGCACAUGUUCCGGAAGGAGGACUAUUUGAAGCUUUUUGGGGUCUUAGUAGGAGAUGCAGGCUAG